AUGACCCUUAUCUCACCCGCCGUCCCUUCUAAUACUCAGCAGUGUGAUGGACAAAUCCCAAAAUGCCAAAAUUGCGAGAAGAGCGGUAGAGAAUGCCUCGUGGAAGAUCCUGCGACAGGGCUCUUUCGACCAAGGGAUUAUAUGCAGUCACUGGAGACACGAGUCGCUUAUCUAGAGGGCUUGUUGCAGCAGGCGAGACCUGAUGUCGCUCUCGAUCAUCUUAUGGGCCUCGAGAAGGAUUCCUCUAGCUUCUCUCCUUCGGCAGCGACACCAUUCGUGGGCCCACCAGAGUCUGAGUCUGUAGGCAAUGGUCAAAAAGAUGUGUCGGCGGAGGCAGAAGACGCAAGGGAUCAACUAUCGACUGACGUUGCUUUACUAUGCCUGACUACUGCUAGCAAAGAGCCUCAUUAUUUCGGUCCAUCCUCAGCCGUCUCCUUCUCACGUAUUAUCAGUACAGCCAUAGAUCUUCCAAAAAGAUCGCAGGCGAGUACUAUUCGGUUCGAGCAUGGCGGCUUCCUAGAUUGGAAUUGUCCUCAGCCGUUUGCUGUUAGUUUCCCGUCCCCGCCUCUGGGUACUUCUCUGUCACAAGCGUAUUUUGGAAACAUUCACGCGCAGUAUCCCUUUCUUCAUGAGCCAACCUUUCGCUUCUGGGAAGAGCAGUGCUUCAAAGCAGACCUCUCGGGGAACCUUUCUGCAGCUGGAGAUAUGGCGCAGUUCUUUGUGUGGAUGGUCUACGCAACAGCGUCCCUGGCUUUGGGCCCAGCUCAUUAUGACACAGCUGAGUCUUACUACAAAAUGGCCUUGAAACACCAGCCCAUCAUUCUUGAACUUGACAGCAUUGAGUCCAUACAAAGUCUCCUGUCGUGCGCUGUGUACUCUAUAAGGUCUCCGGCGGGAGGAAGUCUAUGGAAAUCGUCUGGCCUUGCCAUAAGAUAUUGUAUACAACUUGGCUAUCAUCGAAGCGCCUCCAGGUUUCGGCGAAAUGCUAACCCUUUAAUCGCUGAAAUGUCCAAGAGAUGUUUUUGGGUCGCCUACGAUAUCGACCGUGUGGCUUCCUUUAUCCUUGGUCGCCCCGUUGGUAUACCCGAUGACUGUAUUGAUGCGGAGUUUCCCCUGGAUAUCGAUGAUGACAAGAUUAAUGCGCUGGGUUUGUCACAAAAUCCACGCGUCUCUCCCGACGAGCCGCCUACGAACAUGACGGGCGCCAUCCAUGUCAUAAAGCUACGUCGUCUUUGGUCCAAAAUAGGGAACACUAUAUACCCAGCGAUGACCCAGUCGCCCGUCAACCAGGAAGUAGCCAAGAAGCCGCUCAUGGAUCAACUAAGAGCAGAGCUAGAAGCAUGGCACUCUGAGAUCCCUUAUGCACCAGACACGGCAGGCCUGGAUCCACUAUCUGUCUUCGCAUCGCGUGAAUGGUUCCGGCUGGCUUAUGAUCAUUCAAUACUUAUAUUGUACAGGCAUUGGAUCACUCAUAAGGCUCUACCUGGAGAAGAAGAUUCUGUUGAGGAAGCGUUGGAAUGCUGCAUGCAGAAAGCUAAAGAGCUAUGUCUUCUCUACCGCAGGCUCUUCCAGUACCAAUCAUUGCAGUUUACAUGGGGGUCUCUCCAUAUUCUCUUUCUCGGAGGACUCACGUAUCUAUAUUGCAUCUGGAAGUCCGCCAAGGUGCGACAAGCGACCAAAAGAAUGGAUAUCAUCAACACAUGCAUGGCUUGCAAUACUGCGUUAGUCAUCAUCGCAGAGCGGUGGAGCAAAGCUGUGCCUUAUCGAGAUAUCUUUGAGGUUUUGUCAGAGAGAACCAUUAGCCUCGUUUGUGGAGAUGGCAGUCUGUCACAAGACGCGACUGGAGCGUCACAUGCAUCGGAUCGGAAUCAUUCAAUUGAACCUCAGGCCGUCGGAGAUUGGGCCUUGGAGAUUGGAGCCGAUGACAUACCAGUUGAUUCGGAAUGGUUCGUUCAAGAGUUGCUGCAGGGGAUGAGUAACAACGAAGCAUAG